CGACGACAUGUAAAAGUGUUUUACGUCUCUACGUGCUUCUUUCCGAUAGACGCUGACUGGCAAAGAUCUUUGGUGAAAAGUGUAAGUCGAUGGAGCAGAAGCUCGCAGAGUUCAGAGCCCGACGACAGGCAGUAAAUGUUGAGAAAAAGAAUCGAGGCGCUGAACCACAGCAACGAGAACAAUGUGAAGCAGUCCAGCCUGAAACGACACCAACAACUGAAGAGAAACAGACAGAAAAUAUCAGCGCAUCUGCUGCUCACAGCUCACAAACCGAGGACCAAAGAGACUGGCUGCUGGACACCUCUGUGGGAAGAUGGUUAGCCUCAAGACACGUCAUCAUCUCAAACCUCACUCUGCUCAAAGUGUUGCUUUGGCUGGUGCUGCUUGGCCUGUUUGUUGAACUGGAGUUUGGCCUGCCCUUCUUCAUCAUCUCGCUCUUCUACUGGCUCUAUGAAGGUCUCCGUAGCCCAGCAGCACGUGAGCCUGGAGAAAUGAGUGCUUAUUCUGUCUUCAACCCGGACUGUCAGCCCCUGCUGGGUGCGCUCACUGCAGAGCAGCUGGAAGGAGAAAUGGGUUACAGACCUUUGGCCAACAGAUGAAAUAAUUUUGCACAUUUGAAUCAAAGGAUCAGGGUUUGCUUCUUUCUUUUCAGAGAGUUAAUAUUUUAAAUAAUUUAAGGCGAAAUAAAAUUGUUACAUCAGUUUAUUAUGGUGUGAGAUUUCUUUACUCUUAACUCAUUUUCAUUUCUCUUUUGAAGCUUUAAAAUUGGGUAUUUUAUGGUUGUUAAACAGAGCAACAAUAUUUGUUACCACUAUUUAGUUCACAUUAUUUUCUAACCACAUAUAUCCUUUAAACUUUCAUCUACGAUUUUUCCACAAAUUAUAACAUUUACCAGAUUUUUUCCAUGUUCCUUUAAAGAUGAAUGUGGGUUUUAUGAGAAAUGUUGCACAGUGUCUUUAGUGGUGGGUUCAGGAACGCAUUAAUAGGGCUGUUUUAGAACUUGGUGUUUACUUGACAAUGUAAGGCUUUUACAGUUAAAUAAAUUAUUUUAAAGAGUAA